AUGGAUCAAAAGUGGGCCGUUUCUCCCAGCUCCAGCCCAGCAGAUCUCACAGUCAUGUCUUAUCGGACGGCUGCGGCCUCGAUCGCUGGCCGGAUCGCGGCCGCUGGAAAUCUGCGUGCGCAGCAAGCACGAGGGUUUCUAUUGCGGCGGGGUUUUCUUCCUGCGGCCGCAGCGUGUGACAAGCAGGCCCUCCCGCGACCGCGAGCUCGCGGCGGAUCCAACGAUCGAUCGAUCGAUCCGUCAUCCUCAGUUCCUCAUCCUUCCGGGCAUCCGGACUCCGGCGAGAGGUGGAAGGCCAUGAAAGCUGCGGGGGACGCCACGCGCUGCCCUGAGGUCCCCCGGCGGUGCCACCACUGCGCCGGGCCACUCUCCAAGGACAUGGAAACGAGCAGCUGGACGGUGCCUCCGUUGGUUCGAGAUAGCUUCUCCAUGAUUGGUUUGGCUCUUGGGGGUAUAGCAGGAGCGUUUUAUGGUUUCAACCAUGUUAUGCCUGUUGUUCGUCGCCACAUUAAGGGCCCAAUGUGGAUGCAUUUUUUUGUUGGUGCACCACCAGUUAUUGUGUUCUCUUCUGCAUGUGCUGGAUUAGCAGGUGGUACAAUACCAGCCACUGCACAACUGGUUACGUCAUCCUAUCAUGCUGUGUCAUCGCACUCCUUUGCCCGCUCUUCUUCGCAUGUAGCAGCGCAUUCGCCCUCUUUUGCCCCCUCUGCAUCUCAUGACGACAUGCACAAGGCAAAAAGCUCCUCACCGUUGUAA